CAAUUGAUCGCCAGCAUGGCAAAUAACCUCACAGCAGAGCUCACACAGCACCUGAAUAGCAGACACCUCUAUCCUGCCGCCGUGUGGCUCCAAACCUUCGUCUCCGGUACGCGUCCGAAUACGCCGCUGCCUGCACUGAAGCAAACCGCCCUCUUCCGCCUGCUCGCCACCGAUAUCACCACCUCGCUGCAACCACCAUUGCAUACAGUACUCCCUCAAGACGUUCUCAACCCAAGGACGCAGACGCGCAUCAUCGCCGGCCCCAUCGUUUGCCAAGUACUCGACAUCGAAGACAUUGGCCUCUCGCGCUGGGCACAGGUCGAGCAGAUCGAGGCCAAAGAACGCGGCGAGACGACCAAAGGCCGCGAGAUUGUGCGCGUUGUCGAGGAUGAGAAUGACGGGACGGUCGCACCUACCGUGCACAGCAGAGGUCCCUUCAAGCUUCUUCUGCAAGACGCAAAGGGUGCAAAGAUCUACGCAAUCGAUCUGCGCGGCAUUCAAGGGGUCAAUACUGAUAUGCCCAUGGGUGCGAAGCUUCUGCUGCGAAACACUGAUGUGAGGAGGGCCGUGGCUAUGCUGGAGCCCGCCAAUGUGCAGAUUCUGGGCGGCAAGAUGGACGCGCUUGACAGGGCGUGGAGAGAGGGGAGAAAAGAGCGGCUUAUGAACGCUGCCAAGAUCUCGGGUGAAGUUGGGAAUGGAUGAAGCUUUACAACCUGCAAGAAAGACAACGAAGCCGCGGGACAAGCUCACAUCCGAUGAGAGAACCAUGAGCCCUGAC